AUGUCUCAAUCUCGAAGCUUCAAUUUCCAAGCCGUUCAUGUCAACACAACUCAAAACAACACAUCGAGUAAUACUCUCGAAAAAAGACCUAGAAAUAAGAAUGUUUCGAGCACAUCGGAACAUGAAACUCUCUCAAAAAAACCAAUGAGUUCACAAACUCGUGACACCUCUACCUCCUCAAAUAUUAAAUCUUCCACUCCACAAUUUAAAUCUCAACAUGUGGCUGCAUCAUCAUCAUCAAAUAAUAACACUCAGAGUGGUCAAAAGAAUGCAUCAAGUAAGAGCAGUAGUAGUACUAAUCUGAUUUCAGAAAAAGGCAACACCUCCAAACCUCACCUUGUCAACAAUUCUGGAACUCGUGUCGUUAAAUUACAACGUCGAAAUGGUCAAAUCGUUCAAGAUUGUCAAGUCUACAUUGGUAGAGCCAUGACCAUGGGAGGAUGGAAUUUACCUCAUUCAAAAUGGGGAAAUCCAUAUCCCGUCUCUACAUGUGGCGGUAGUGCAGAAGUGGCAUGUCAAAAAUAUAGAGAUUACAUUCUGAGAAGGGAUGAUCUUUUACAGGAUUUGGAGGAAUUGGAUGGAAAAGUGUUGGGAUGUUGGUGCAAAUCGGAUCCUUCCAAAGCAUGUCAUGGUGAUACUUUGGUCGAAUUGCUAGAAAUGAAAAAGAGAGGUGAAUUGCAAGAGUAUGUUCAACAAUAUAGGAAUGAAAAUCCUGAACCCUUAUAUCCCCUUCCUCAACAACGAAAGAAAUAA